UCUAGUAUCGAUUCUCGUUUAUCUUGAUUGGUUAGAGAUUGAAUUUCUCGUAAUUAAAGUUAAGGGUUCAAGGAUUGAUAUACGUCCUUGCAAACAAACAAAAAAUCUAUAUCAAUUUCCAAUCGAACACUUUUAAAAAUCAAUAAGAUAGUAUCACAGGUUACACAUUAUAUUUGAGUUUCGACUAAUUUAUCAAUUGAUAUUAGUAAAAAAGAUUACUUAUGAUGAAAUAAAGCGUUUAUCGACUACCAAUUGGUCCAACCAGUAUAAAAGUGAAUGUUGGGAAUUUUGAGCGGUAAGAAUGAUAGUAAAUCAGGGCCAAGGUGGGUCUUCCAUCCCCCUCGUGUUGGGCUUUUUGGACAACAAGGUGGGGAGGGGUAUAAAAUUAUUCAUAUUUCCUAACUUCAAAUGCCAUUUAAAGCAUAUCUUGCAUUGAUUGUAACUUAAUUUUUAUUCACAUAUUUUGUAGGACGGACAAAUAUUACUUAGUUCAUGAUUAGUAUAAAUUAAAGUAGACUAAAAAUUGCUCCAAGACAGGGGUGGUGGAGAACCCCUAAGGUUAGGAUUUAACCUUUAAAGUAGACUAAAAAUUCAAAUUCAAAAUCCACAAUUGAUUUUGAACACUUCUUAAUUGAACAUAUUGGGCUUUAAACAGUCAUGAUCAGCCCGUAUAAACUCUGCUCUCACUUCUCCCGGCUACCUCAAAAUUUCAAAAUCAGGAUCUAAACCUCCACGUCUUCAACAUUCAAGCACAUCCCUCUACCACCCCCAUCCACCCCACCCUACCACGGGCAAAGGAAGUGGAAGAAUGACCAAAAGGAAAUUUUCAGAAAUGGAAGAAGAACAAGUAGAAACAAUAGAAAUAGAUGAUUCUUGCCCUUCCCCUGUGUCCCAGAAAAAUGGCACUCCAUUAAGAUCUAUUGUUUGUGUGAGAAACAGAGAGCAUAUUAAGAAUUUCGAGAAGACGGAAGAGUGUUUUAUUUUGGAAUUUGAUCCCAAUGAUGCUUUCGAUAUUUCGAAAAUUUCGGCUUCUGAGAAUACUGAAAGUGGCUAUUCCCCUGAUUUGCAUGUUCUUGCUGAAAAAGGCCAGGUGGCAUGUAGAGAUUACCCUCAUUCGAGGCACAAUUGUGUGAAAUACUCUUUUGAGAAGACGCCUCACAUCAGUUACUGUGAACUGUGCUACUGUUAUGUAUGUGAUGUAGCUGCUCCUUGUGAAAAUUGGGAUGGAGCAUCGGGACAUUGCAAUGCAUUCAACAAUGAAUCUUGGAAUAAUGAAAGGGUGUUGAAGAGGCUAGUACACGGGAUCACGAAAUGAAAGGAAUGAUCCUCCACUGCUAUUUGAUGAGUUGUGAAGAUUGACAAGGGCCGUUCUCUUGAUUUUUGUGAAUUUUACGGCGCCUAUUUAUCUAGGCAUAUGGUUUGGUACGUGAAUAUGUGAAAUCUGCUUCAUUGAUGCUGCCUAAUCUCAACUGUAAGAUUAAGCCCAUAGUAGUAUGCCGAUUAUAGAAGUCAUGCUUUGAUAGCUUCCAACCCUUUUGGUCAUAUAUUUUUGAAUAAUGUCAUGCAGCCACAUUAUGGUUA